UGUCAAUCAAGCUAGAGAGCUGCCAGCUCGCGAGUGAGAGUCAUUCGCCGUCCGUCUCAUUCAUUUCAUUGAUGUAUUGAGUAAAUAACGUGAUAUCAAGACACCGUUUAGUAAAACAGCAAUUUUGAAGUAUUUUGUGUUUACGUGUAAAUUUUCAACAUGGAGGAAUUUGUGGAAGUUAAUCAAAUAUCGGAUUUUAUAUCAUAUCUCCGCAGUAUUGAAUGGCGCGACCCAUGGCUAAUAGCGUUGAUAUCGUUCCACAUCAUAAUUACCUUCACAUGCUUCUCAACUAGGAACUAUGGAAACUUCCAAGUGAUAUUGUUCAUAAUAUUAUUGUUGCUAGUAUAUUUCUCGGAAAACAUCAACGAGGUUGCUGCACGAAACUGGACCUUAUUCUCUAGGCAGCAGUACUUCGAUAGUAAAGGACUGUUUAUAUCAGUCGUGUUCUCCAUCCCUAUACUGCUGAACUGCAUGAUAAUGGUGGGCUCCUGGCUAUACCAAUCUACGCAGAUCAUGACAAACCUAAAGAAGGCACAGCUCAGACAACGCUUGAAAGAAAUGAACAUGAACAGGGAACAACGACAGCACCUGAAGGCGGAGUAAUCGAUCAAGUCAAUUACCUAGGUAUCGAUAAAUCAAAAUAUUUUUGCUAGCAUUAUGACGGAAUACGAUUAAUCUAAUUUUUAGGCAUAUGACGCAGUGAUUUUAUUUAUAAUUAAUUAUUUUUUAAAUGAAAAAUCGGGAUAAUGUCCGGCAAACAACAAAUGAGACGGUUAAAUGUAAAUAUUUUAUUGAAACGUUUUUAAAAUGGCGGCUAUUGUUCUAUAGCGCGUGCGUCGUACGUUUUGUUAGUGCUUGUAAUGAAAUUACUUGUUAAAAUAAUACUUCACGGUUUAAGAAGCACGUAACGGAUUCAAUUAAAGUUUUCACCUUGAUUUAUAUUAUAAAUCGGUGAAUUUUUGUUCGCUUUUCUUAUUCCUCGUCCAUUUCCUCUCUAGAAACUCUAUUGAAGUAAUUACAUACAAAUCCAUUGCGUUAUAAACUCCUUACAAGGUCUCGUUAAUAUUUUUAACUAAUUAUUAGUUUUAUUUUGCCUUGCCUUUGUGGAAAAUAAUCGUCACUUAAUUUGGUAAAUGGAAAUUACUACUUAUUGUAACCACAACGUUACUUUUUUGUAUUAUUACGUUUGAUGCUAUUGUAUUGUUAAUUAACAGAGUUUAGGUCGAAAUUUUAUACGUCUCAGAACCAAUUAUGCUUGCCACUUAAAUAUCUGGUAUAAUCUGGUCUUGUCAAAAACAACACUGAUGAAUUUUGGAUUUCGACGGAACACGGGAGAAGCAAUUUGCUAAAAACUUCUAAAAAAUUUUAAAUAGUGACACGAGUGUAUGUGUGUUUAAUUAACACUGUAACUGUCAAAAGGUUAUUCACCCAUGACGUUGGGUUGCCAUUAACAAAAAUGUCAAAACAUUGCUAUGACUACACUGCAUAACCAUGGAAUACUUAUCGAUGCAUUUUAUGUAUUUGUAUACAAUGUGGCCAGUGGCUAGUAGCCACAAUGAUAUUUUGAAAAAGAAGUCUUAAGCAUUUAUAUGACGUCACAAUCCAUGUAGAAACAAAGAUUUUUUGGAACAAGUUUAAUGAAUGAGGAAGUUAUUACGUUAAAUAUCAAAUUGUUAUGGAAGAAUAUAUUGUUAACGUAAUGUGUGAACAAUUUAGUUUGCUGAACGAAGCAGAGACGUAGUUUACGCAAGCCUCAUUGUAAUCCAGGGUCGAGUAAUAAAUUGGAAAGCUAAUAUGGCCGUAAAAAAUACUUAAAGCGUAAUUUUUUUUCUUCGUUAUAAAUUUAAAAUUAACUAAAAUUUCGCCUGUAAUUUGGCGUAAGUAGAUAGGAAUACAAUAUUCUUAAAAAAUGGCUUAAAUGAAAAUGUCUGUUUUAACAACGAAUGUGUCUUUUUAAUGCUCUUGGAAUUUUCAUUUUUAUGUAAAAAGGUAUAUCAAAAUUUCCAAAGAAAAGAAAGUCAUUAAAGUUUGGAAUACCAGAAUAACGCACCGCGUUUUCCAAAAUAAAUUACAUUUGGGAGAUUUGGCGCAAAACAUUUGACACAUUCGCUAAAAUAUCAGAUAUUUUAAAACUUUUCAGAAUUAUUAACAAAACGUUCUCUUAAUAGUAGUCACAGCUAGAUAUCAACUUAAUUAAUAGAUGUAGGUAAAGGUAGAUGCAAGAACAUAUUUCUAGGUAUGUCCUUAAACAACAAUACUUAACGAAGAAGUUUGUAUUGAAGACAAUAAUAAGCUAAACAUUGAAAUGUUAGAAGGAUCGAGACAACCCAUUAAAAUCUGUUCGGUAUUAAAAUCGAAUUGUAAAGAUGAAGUGCCUAAGCUGGACUUAACUUCUUCACUUAUGCCCCGUUAACCUGUUAGGUUGUCCGCAGCUCCGGAUGCUCCUAAAACCCUGAUAAUGACAUGUUGAACACAGAGCCGUAUUAUAACUAAGGCUAACUAGGCUAGUCCCUAAGGCGCCAGGUUAUAAAAGGGCGCCGUGAUGGCCACGCCAAAAGAAACUAGAGGCGCCUUUGAGGUACUUGCCUAGGGCGCCCGCUAUGUCUAAUCCGUCUCUGGUUGAACACACGCACAUUUUGUGGUAAUCAAUUGGCGCUAGUGAGACGUAAAGUCCCUAUUGAUAUUGGACCAGCUGUCACAAUAAGAUACCUUGGUAUUGAAUACUAAACUAGCGCCCUCUACAAUGCGGAGUCACGAAACAAUUUUCUUUUAUUAAAAAUCUAAUCUAUGUGGCUAUGUUGAUUUUAAUAACGUAUGCGUCACAAUUUUAACUAAUAAAGUGUAUAAUAAUUCAAAAUACUUACUUAUUAAAAAAAGGCUUGUAUUGAAAUUAGGCCUUUAUCUAUUGCAUAGCCGCUUUCACCGUGAAAUUGACUUUGAAAAACCUAAAUAUGUAAAGAAAAUACCGAAUAUUUACCUAUUGUAUUAAUAUCAUUGUAUAUCCAACACCGUUAGUUAUCGUUUUUUUGUAUUUACUCAAUAUAAUUAUUCCGUGUUUUGUAUCUAAUUGCAUUUUUUUAUUAUGUAACUUAUGUACUUAACUAAUUUGCUUCGUUCAUACCACCUGUGUAUAUUGCAUUUCUUCUGUAUUUGAUUUUUUUUUCUAUUUUUAUUAAUAAGUUGCCAUGUAUUAUAAAUAUGGUGUCAGAUAGUAUGCCAGAGAUCAUUUAGUUUUGACAGGUGACUAUUUCAUCUGUGGUCAAUUCUAAUAAAUGAACGUGAUUGGUUGGCCAACAUUUUUACAGCCAAUCAGAAUCACUUGUCGUAUGAUUUCAUCAGUCAUAAUAAAUUGGUGGUUUGUGUAUAGUUAUUUGGGGAGGUUAUUAAACAACGUAUGUUUUGUUUUAAUUUGUACAAUAUAUAUAAUAUGUAUAAAUGUUACCAAUUCGUUUUGUAAAAAGUAUAAACGAAUUUCAUUGUUGUUGUGAAUGUUUCUUUGUCUGACUCAGUGGCGGUUAUGAGUACUUGCCAUAGAUUUUCAUAAGUUUUAGUACAGAUUAUAAAUAAUACUUAAUUAAGAGACAAAUUAACUUGUACUAACUUUCACUAUUGUAGUUAGGUAACGGCUAUUGAUGCAAAGUUUCUGUCAAUAUUUAAUGUCUCAAAUAAAAUAUACUCGUUUUCCGACGCAAGACGAAGUAAGUGCCAUUAACGAACAUUCACAAUGACUAUAAUAUACGAUUUGUGAUAAUUAUUAAAGUAAACAGAAGGUGCAAUAAAAUUAAGUUUGCUAGAUUCGGCUAGAAAUUUGAUUUUUUUAUAUAUCUGUAUUAUUAUAAUUUUUUGCGCUAGUAAUACAUAAAUAAUAACACUUAGAUCUAUAAGGUGGAAUGGCAUUGUUAAAUUAUUUCUCGUAGAAUUUACUAUAAGUAUUUUGAAAAAUUAGAAAAUAGAUAAUGUCCUAAUAUCACAGAAACACCACUAUACCUAGCUAGAAUUAAAAAUUGUUAGUAGAAUAGAGUUUUAUCUGUAUGCAUACAUCUCAUAAUAAUUACGCGGCAACAUUGAUAUGUGAGCAAGGAAAUGAACGUUCUGCCUAUAGUAAAGUUACGUCCAUAUGUAGUGAAUAUUGACAUAGGAUUAAUAUAAGCGACCGUGUUGCCGAUGAGUAACGUAACGAAGACUGAGUUGUGUAUAGUGUGAAUUGGAAGUCAUUUUAUUUUUAAGUUUCAUCCUCUUGACAUUCUAUACCACCGUCAUAAGUUUCUCCACAUUUUUUUUUAAUUUUGCAUUUUUUCCUUGUAAACAUCACUUAAAUUUUAGUAGCUGUCAAUGUCAAGUUAUGUCAACUUAUGGCGGGGGUGUUCUUUUUUCUUUUUAAUUAUGUAUCUGUAGGUAGCAAACAUGUACAUGCUUAACACUGUUUUUAUUAUUCCUUUAAGCAAAGGUGAUUUUUAUUUUGUUUUAUGCUUAAAUAAAGGAAUUGAUCGAUA